AUGGGUCUGACGAUAUCUAAUUUGUUCAGCCGCUUGUUUGGCAAAAAACAGAUGCGAAUUCUUAUGGUUGGGCUUGAUGCUGCUGGUAAAACAACCAUACUGUACAAGCUGAAACUUGGAGAAAUCGUAACUACUAUUCCGACUAUUGGCUUCAAUGUUGAAACAGUUGAAUAUAAAAACAUCAGUUUUACAGUUUGGGAUGUGGGUGGUCAAGACAAAAUCAGACCACUGUGGAGGCAUUACUUUCAGAAUACUCAGGGUCUCAUAUUUGUGGUUGACAGUAACGAUAGGGAAAGAGCAUUAGAGGCCAGAGAAGAAUUGACUAAAAUGCUACAAGAAGAUGAGCUACGAGAUGCUGUACUACUGAUCUUUGCAAACAAACAAGACCUCCCCAAUGCAAUGACUGUUGCAGAAAUUACUGAAAAACUUGGAUUGAAUCAACUUCGAGCCAGAACUGUGACAGUGCCACCCCAAGGAGAUGUCCCCUAUGAAGGACUUGACUGGUUAUCUAAUGAGCUCUCCAAGCGUUGA